ACGCCUCUCUCCGACGGUCCCCUUCUAGGCUCGUCGAAGUUUCGAGGCAACCCAUGAAACGUCUGUCUCUCUCUCUCGCUCUCUCACGUUUCCGUGGAAUGGCUGAUGCUUUGAGCUCCAGUGGGUGACGUUGCUUCCGACAGUUCGUUUUGGGUUUUGGCUGAUUUACCGCCAAAUUCCGCCGACCAUCCUCGAGCUCGGGUCCAUGGAGGAUUUGAAGACUGCCCUUCACAAGCGGUGCCUGGCGGUCGCUUCUCUUCCGGAGAAGGGCCGUUGUCUCCUCGCCACCAGAGACUUCCGCCCAGGGGAAGUGAUUAUCAGCCAAGACCCGUAUGUUUUCGUGCCGAACUCGGCGGAGCCGAGGUGUGAUCGCUGUUUCGCCUCGACUGACCUGAGGAGGUGUUCGGCUUGUCAGGCGGUUUGGUACUGUGGGAGCUCUUGUCAGAAAUCAGAGUGGAAGGUGCAUCGUCUCGAAUGCAUGGCUCUAGUGAGGCUCGAUAAGGAAAAGAGGAAAUCUGUUACCCCGUCCAUACGUUUGAUGAUUAAGCUCUACAUACGAAGAAAGCUGCAAGAUGAGAAGAUCAUAUCGACUACUGCAAUGGACAUUUAUAGUCUGGUGGAUGCUUUGGUGGCCCACAUGUCGGAAAUUGAUGAGAAGCAGCUGGUGCUCUAUGCACAAAUGGCUAACCUUGUAAACAGAAUACUCCAGUGGCCCGAGAUCAACAUGAGAGAAGUUGCAGAGAACUUUUCCAAGCUUUCAUGUAAUGCACAUACAAUCUGUGAUAGUGAGCUCAGACCACUAGGAACUGGACUUUAUCCUGUCAUCUCUAUAAUCAAUCACAGCUGCUUGCCAAAUGCAGUAUUGCUAUUCGAGGGAAGGAUGGCUGUGGUUCGUGCUGUACAACAAAUAGUGCAAGGUUCUGAGGUCUUGAUAAGCUACAUAGAAACUGCUGGAAGCACUACGACUAGACUGAAGUCUCUUAGAGAACAAUACCACUUUGCUUGUGCAUGUCCUCGCUGUGCCAAAUUGGGGCAACCUGAUGAUAUCAAAGAAAGUGCAAUUUUGGAAGGCUACAGAUGUGAAGAUGACAGAUGCUCUGGUUUGCUGCUCUGUGACUCUGAGAAACAAGGAUUUGUGUGCCAACUGUGUGGACGUGUAAGGAACAAAGAAGAGAUAAGAGGCAUUGCUAGUGAAAUUAAAUUGAUGUCAGAGAGGACGUCAUCGUCUAUGUCCCCUAGCCAAGCUGUUUCCGUCUAUAAGAUGAUUGAGAAUCUUCAAGGGAAACUAUAUCAUCCUUUUUCAAUCAUCUUGUUGCAAACCCGAGAAAAGAUAUUGAAGAUGUUGAUGGAUCUGCAAGGUUGGAAGGAAGCUCUGGUGUACUGCAAGCUAACAAUUCCAGUUUAUGAAAGAGUCUAUCCAGGGUGCCAUCCUUUGCUUGGGUUACAAUACUAUACCAGCGGAAAACUUGAAUGGUUACUUGGCGACACGAUAAAUGCUAUCAAAUCACUGACCAAAGCAGUUGACAUACUUCGGGUGACUCACGGGACAAAUGCAGAGUUUGUGAGAGACCUCAUGAUGAAACUGGAAGAAGCGCGUGCCGAAGCUUCUCACAAUCUUUCAUGUGCAGAUGAAUAGCACAUCGGGACUCGCAUGCAGAGCACUUACAAAGGCCGGUGUACGAUAUGGAAGUUGCCCAUUUUGAGAGUUUCCUUGGUUGCUUGUGACAUUCAUGGUUUAGUAAAUGGAGACAUUCCGUUCCGGAGUCUCCCUCUUGAACAUUUUCGA